CACACAAAACAACAGGAUUAACCUGACUGAAUAAUGCCUCAUUAUUAUCAGCAUAUUUGAUUUGUAACGAAACCUCACCCACGGAUCAAUAUAGGUUAACAAACUCAGACAUGCAGAAUACCGUUCUACCUCCUAUAGUUUACUGUUUGCAUUGGGUUUAUUUACCUUAGACGUAUUUAACAAAUUAGCAUAAUAUAGUCUACAUAGGCGGAAACUUGACCGUAGCAAGGCGGGACAUAAGUCGUCUUAUUGAGGUGUUUCCAACUUCCCGAUUCACCUGUCCUGGCGGUGUCAGCGGUGACAUGUUUUCUGAAGAUGCCUAAAGAUAGCCUAUCCGGAAAAAUAAUAUUUUUUAAGACACUGUAAAACAGACCGCAGCCAGCCUAAAUAUGGAAAGUUUAACUAGCCUGAGGCGGUCCUCUAUGAAGACCCAACUCGUUAGUGCCAUUGAGCUGGAGGAAGUCGAGAUGGAGGAGGACAAGAAGGAUUCUCCUCAAAAAGUCCAAGAGACACUGACUUACAGUGUUGAGGAGGCGGUGGAGACCAUAGGCUUUGGUCGCUUCCAUGUUCUGUUGUUUGUCAUCAUGGGCAGUGCCAAUAUAGCGGAGGCAAUGGAGAUCAUGUUGCUGGCUGUGGUGUCUCCAGAGAUCCGCUGCGAGUGGCAUCUUGAAGAUUGGGAGGUGGCUCUGGUUUCGACGAUGGUGUUUGCAGGCUUCAUGGUGUGUGGAGUGCUGAGUGGAUAUGUGGCGGAUAGAUAUGGGCGCUGGAAGGUGGUGUUCGGUGGUUCUUUGUGGGCAGCAUAUUUUUCCCUGCUCACGUCCUUCUCUCCAUCCUAUGGAUGGUUCAUCUUCCUGCGCCUGAUGGUGGGCUGUGGUGUGGCCGGGUGCUCCCAGGGGUUUGUCCUAAAAACUGAGUUCAUCCCUGCUAGCUAUAGAGCCUACCUGUUACCUCUUGCCUCAGUCUUCUGGAUGAUAGGCUCCAUGCUCAUCAUCGUCCUGGGGAUGACUGUGGUUCCCACAAUGGGCUGGCGUUGGAUGAUUCGCCUGUCCGUCAUACCCAGUGUCUUUAUCCUUAUUCUUUUCCAGUUUAUACCAGAAUCUGCACGCUACAACGUGUCAGCAGGGAAUAUUCAGGCUGCCGUGGAAACGCUCCAACGCAUCGCAAAGAUGAACAGGGCCUCCCUCCCACCAGGACGUCUUGUGGAACCACUAGUGGAAGAGAGGGGCAGUUGGCGUCUCCUGAUCAGUCCAACAUACAGGAGGACUUCCCUUCUAUUGUGGUAUGCAUGGUUUGUGGCGUCCUUCUCUUACUACGGCUCUGUGCUGGGCAGCUCUGAACUGCUGGAGAAGAACCUGCUUUGUGUGACGGACGCCGACGCAGAGCAUCAGCAGAAACACCGCCAUCCAGAGGACGGGACGUGCUACUGCAUCCCCUUCGGAUUUGCCGACUACCAAACCCUGCUCAUUAGCUGUCUGGGGGAGGUCGCCCUCAUCCCUAUGAAUAUAUGCAUGUUGAACGUGUUUGGGAGGAAGAUGAGCCUCGUGCUCCUGGAGCUCAUGGCAGCCGUGUUCUUCAUGCUGGUCAACAUCUGCUCCACCAUGUUUGGUUUUACCAUUCUGCUUUUCUUGGUCCGGUCUCUGGUCUCUAUGAAUUUCAAUGUGGUUUAUAUUUAUACUGCAGAGGUGUAUCCAACUGCAGUGCGGUCUCUAGGUCUGGGCUUCUGUACUUCUUUUAGCCGAAUUGGAGGCAUGGUCGCCCCCUUCAUAGCACAGGUGUUGAUGUCACAUUCCGUGAUGUUGGCUAUGAUGCCAUUUGCUUUGGCCUGUGUGCUCUGUGCCGUUGGGACCUUUCUGUUGCCUAUCGAGACAAAGGGACGGGCGCUACUGCAAAGUUCCUGACCGGUGUUGUCAAUAUGUACAUGUCCUCUUUUAAUACAUUCCUGUAAAUUAAAAGCUUUAUACUUUUGUCAA